UUUAAAUCGCCUGGUAUCAACCAUUUCAUGUUGAUAUCAGAUAAAGUUAAAGAGAGAAGUGAAAGUCUGAGGGGAGGGUGUGUUACUUUGUUAUGAGUGGUGUUUUUGUUUAAGGCACUAUAGGAACUGGACGGGGGGAGGACCCAUGAAGCCCGCUGGCCGGGAAAAGAGAGGGAGAAAAAGUUGUGAGAAGUUUUGUGACUCGGAGGUUGAAACUCGCUGCGUUCACAGCGACGGUUAGGGGCAGCAGCUCGGACAGGGAAGAUGGCGCGGCGCUGCGGCCGUGCCACGUCUCGGUUUACCGGAGAAAUACAAAUAUAUCCCAGAAAGAUACCAACGUCUGCAGUUUGGUUAUGUUUUUGUCUUCUUUUUCCUUCUGCCGCGGAGGCUGGACUGUACUCCGCUUCUGAUCAAAUCAUCUUGUUAACUCCGGAAAAUGCGGAGUCGGUUUUGAUCAACUCCACAGCUGCUAUGGUUGUGGAGUUUUACGCUUCAUGGUGCGGACACUGUAUCGCCUUCUCUCCGGUUUACAAAAGUCUGGCUAGAGACAUUAAAGAGUGGAAGCCAGCUGUGGACCUGGUAGCUAUAGACUGUGCUGCAGAGGAGAACAGGAAGGUCUGCACUGACUUCAGCAUCAAAGGGUAUCCCACAAUAAAGUUCUUCCAUGCUUAUUCCAAGGCUGAGGCUAAAGGACAGGCUUUUAAAGCUUUCCCCCGCAAUGUUCGGGGGAUCCGUCACAGGAUCAUAGACCAACUGGAAACCCAUGAAGAGCCCUGGCCCCCCGCCUGCCCCCCACUGGAGCCCACCAGCCAAGCAGAGAUUGACAGCUUCUUUGAGACCAACAACGUUGAACACCUGGCUCUGAUCUUCGAGGACGCUAAAUCCUAUAUCGGCCGAGAGGUAACCCUGGACCUGUUACAGUUUGAGAAUGUUGCAGUGCGGAGAGUCCUGAGCACUGAGGAAGGUCUGGUAACCAAACUGGGAGUGACUGAGUUUCCAUCCUGCUACCUUUACUAUCCUCGAGGCAACUUCACCAGACUCAAAGUCCACAUCGAGGCUCGUGCUUACUACUCUUACGCCCUCCAGAAGCUGCCAGGGGUGGUGCGGUCAGGGAAGCCUCCACUGGUCGUCACAGCCGUCGGCACCAACAGCACAGAGAAGCCCUGGAGACCCUUCAACAGGUCCAGGGUGUACAUGGCAGACCUGGAGUCAGCGCUGCACUACUCUCUGCGUGUGGAGGUGGCUGCCCAUUCUGUCAUCAAAGGAGAGGCCCUCAUUUCUCUCAGGAAGUACAUCUCUGUCCUGGCAAAGUACUUUCCAGGCCGUCCAGUGGUGAUGAACCUUUUGAAGUCUGUAAACUCUCUGCUACAGAACCAGACUGGUGAUGAGAUUUCCUAUGAGGCAUUCAGAGAGAUGCUGGAUAACUCAGCACAGUUUCCAGACACUGCUUUGCCUGAAGGAGUGAGGUGGGUGGGCUGUCAGGGUUCACAACCCCACCUGAGAGGUUACCCCUGUGGGAUGUGGAUUCUCUUCCAUGUUCUCACUGUCCAGGCCAAGACCGCUGGAGGCACAGAUCCCCAGGAGGUGCUGGGAGCGAUGAGAAACUAUGUCCGCAGCUUCUUUGGCUGCAGGCCGUGUGCCGAGCACUUUGAGAACAUGGCAAGGGAGAGUCUGGUGGAGGUGAACACGUUGUCGUCAGCGGUCCUGUGGCUUUGGUCCAGACACAAUCUCGUCAACAACAGACUGGCAGGUGCUUUAAGUGAAGACCCCAACUUCCCAAAGAUCCAGUGGCCUUCACCAGAAAUGUGUUCAGCCUGCCAUGCGGUGAAGGAAAACGGGGAGCACAGGUGGAACAAUGAGCAGGUUCUCCCCUUCCUCCUGUCCUACUUCUCAUCUAACAGUAUACUCACAGACUACCUCGAAGAUGAAAGCCAGAUCCUGGCAAAACAGUGGGAAAAACAUAAGAGUCAGCAGCAAGCUUUAGAGGCUCAGAAACAUGUAGAGAGGAAAGCCAGGGAGGCCUUGGGCUCCAUGACACAUUAUCUACCAUCGCAACCCACUGUGCAAGAAGAGGAGGAAGAGGAGGAGGAGGAGGAGGAGGGGACGCAGGAUGAAGCAAUGGCAGAUGAAGAGGAGGAAGGUGGGGAAGGAGCAGCAGCAGCAGCAGGUCAGUUGGAGGGUAAGACGCCUGAGCAAACCCCCUGGGCCAAACCUGAAAUGGAGGUGGGUCGAGGCCGGCGGCAGGCCUACGGGAAGCCGAGCAUUGUGGGGAUGAGGAUGCGAGAGCUGCAGGAGGACAUCGUGGAUCUCGACUCAUUUGUCAACGAGCACUACAAGGCCAAGGCGCUGCGGGUGGCUGCCUCCAGCCGGGUCAAACAACGCACCCUGCAGAGGAAGGUGGAGCAGGAGCCCGGGCCUGUGUUUGGGCUCGGCAUGGAGCUGGACGCAGGGCUCGGGAUGGUGGGCCUGCAGCCUAUAGAAGCAGACUUUGAGCUGGAUGUGGGGCAGCAGAGGAAGCGGCUGCAGAAGCGAGAAUUGACAGGCCAGUACUUUGAUGAGGAGGCCGAGUUGAGCCACAGGGGACGCUGGAUGUCUGUGCUGAGCAUUGGAUUCUCCAAAGUGGACAUUAGCCUGUGUGUAAUUCUUUAUUUCCUGUCCUCCAUGUGUCUUUUGGCCAUGUACCUUUUCUUCAAAAACCGCCUCAGGCUACGGCGAGCUAAAGUAUCCCUGCCCUGAACCAAAGUGCAUCCAAAUUUGACCUACGUAGGCAAUGAUUAACGUUCAUUAGGUUCAUGUAGGAUAAGGUUGGGGUUAGUGUAAGGGGAUGUGUCAGUGUUAGUGCCAUCUUACGUGGUCCACUUAACUCUUACCUACAGCUGAAGAAGGCGACAGCGUGUUUUACCCUGAAUGUCUUGGAUGUGUUAUGUCUAACUGGAGAGGAGGAGAAGGGAAAAUUAGCAGAUUACCUUCAAAAUCAUUGAAAAUCGGGUCAGUUAUUCAACCUUACACUCAAUCUGGCCUCCAGAGCUUUUCAGGCAGAACCUCAAGUGUGGAAAAUCUGUGCAUAUAGAUGUAUAUUUCCAUAAGUGGGUUUCUGUUUGUGGUAAGUGCCUUGAGUUAAGGAUAAUCAAUUGCGCUUUUGAUUGUGUUUGACCACUUAUGAAGCAUGAAAUUAAACCCAGUAUGAGAUGAAUGGAAUUUUUUUAUUUGUAUAAAGUAAAUGCAACUAAUAUGUUUGGGGUUUUUUGUACUAAGUGAUUUUUGUUGCUUUACUGACGUCAUGAUCAUUUGUAACAGUCAUUUGUGAUUGCUUUUAUUUUUUUAAUAUAUCUCACAGUAGGGCGAAGACCUCCUACACUACAUCCCUGUGUACUAUGACCAAAAUGUAUUUUUAGUCACAAUUUGUAUAUAUUUACACAUAAAAAUAUUUGAAUCAUUUGAACUUAAUACACAAAUAGGUGAUUCUUCAGUGAAAACAUUCUGUUGUAUCUGAACUUACAGAUCCGUUUUUCCCUUCAAUCAAUCACUGAGAGUUUUGUUUAUCAAGUUUUACAUUUCUGCAUUUCAUUUAAUAAUCAGAUGGUAAAAAAAGGCAGUCCCAGGCCUACAACAAACUGUAAAAACCCACAAAGCAUUUAGGGAUUGACAGUUGCAUCAUAUUGUUGAAUACUGUGACUGGACCACUGGUCCACACUAACUUUCACCAGAGAAGAGCAGAUCAGCCCUUUGUUCUUCAGCUCCUUUAAGGUGACUUACUGUACGUUACACUGAACGUUAUGUCACGUCUUUAAAUAUUACAUCACACUGCUGAGUCCACAUAACAGCUACUCUGGUUGUUUAUGAAGUGUUGUGUAGCGACGCAUAUGUUCACACUGGACAAGGUUUUAGAAUAAGCAGGAUUUGUUUUUGGCUUGUGUCCAUGAUGUAAAGCUUUGGCUGGUCAUCUCAAAAACACUGUGUUUUUCUGUUUGCUUCUUUGCUUCUCUCUGAAUCAAUAAAAUUAUUUUUGAUAAGGA